CUCAGCUGAGAAGAGCGAUUUGGUGAACACACAGGCGAGAGCACAAUGUCGGUCUCCGAUCGCCUUCCCGAUUACCCGGUCAACUCAGAUUUCGUAAAGAAAUUAAAGUCAGCCCUGGAAGGCAGGGAUGAGGCGAGACUGAGGGACUUGAUCUGCGCUGACGUUCAGCACGUGGACGCCGUGAUAGAAUUGGCUAACGACGACUGGAUGAAGGACCCCUGCGCCCAGCUGCCCCCCGGGGUGCUCGCAGGAGACCUGGAGCAUCUGAAGCCCCUCAUGGACAAGUUCUUCCAGGAUGCCAACGUGGUGUUUGAGAUCAACAAGGACGAGAUGGUGUGGCAGGUGAAAUCCCCAGCCACGUUUGGACUGUCAGGCCUCUGGACCCUGGAGUACAAGCGCGAGCUCACCACGCCCCUGUGCAUCGCCGCGGCCCAGGGCCACACGGCCUGCGUGCGCCACCUGCUCGGCCGCGGCGCAGACCCCGACGCCAGCCCCGGCGGCCGCUGCGCCCUGCACGAGGCCUGCCUGGGGGGCCACACGGCCUGCGCCCGGCUGCUGCUGCAGCACCGCGCCGACCCCGACCUGCUCAGCGCCGAGGGCCUGGCGCCCCUGCACCUCUGCCGCACGGCCGCCUCGCUCGGGUGCGCGCAGGCGCUGCUGGAGCACGGCGCCUCGGUGCAACUCGAGGGCGGCGCCAGCCGGGACACGCCCCUGCACGUGGCGGCGCAGCGCGGCCUGGAUGAGCACGCGCGCCUCUACCUGAACCGCGGGGCGCGCGUGGACGCAAGGAAUGGCCGCGGCGAGACGGCCCUGAGCGCGGCGUGUGGUGCAGCCUGGCGGCCCGAUGAGCACGCGCGCUGCCUGCGCCUGUGCGCGCUGCUGCUGAGGCACGGCGCGGCGGCAGACACACGCGACGAGGACGAGCGCAGCCCGCUGCACAAGGCCUGCGGCCACGCGCGCCCCGGCCUGGCGCGCCUGCUGCUGCGGCACGGCGCCGAUGCGCGCGCGCUAGACUACGGGGGUGCGUCGCCGCUGGCCCGCGUGCUGCAGACGGCCGCCUGCGCGCCCGAGGCCGAGCCGCAGCUCACGGUGCAGGAGCUGCUCAACCACGGCUCCCCCACCGUGUGGCCCGACGCCUUCCCCAAGGUGCUGAAGAGCUGCGCAGCAGUCCCCGCUGUCAUCGAGGUUCUUUUCAACUCCUACCCUCAGCUCCGCGUCUCCGAGUCCUGGAAGGAGGUGAUCCCCGAAGAAGUGUUUCAGGUGCACCAGGCUUUCUACCAGUCCCUCUUUGCCUUGGCCCACACACCCCGCUGUCUGCAGCAUCUCUGCCGCUGCGCCAUCCGGAAAUCGUUUGGCAGAAAGUGCUUUUCCCUCGUGCCUCUGUUGCCCUUGCCGGAGUCCCUGCAAAACUACCUGCUUCUGGAGGCAGAGGGGGUUCUGCACUGAAACCCAGCAGUAUGGCCCAGGACACUGUGCUCUUCUGAUGGGCCUUGGAUGGGACCUCCCACCCACCCAGUGCACAGACCUCACCCCGCUUCAGGUUCCACCUGGGCAUGGAGAUGGUAAUAAAAGCCCUUUCUGCCUCUCUCAGGGUUGCUUCUGAGAAUUGAAACUGUGAAUGUCAUAGUACAUGUAUCACAAAGUACCUUUCCACAGUUCAGUUCAGUUCAGUUCAGUCGCUCAGUCGUGUGACCCCAUGGA